AUGAUUUUCGAAUUCCUGAAACUCAUGUUUUCGUAUUCAUCCUUACGUGUCUUCAGAUUAUGGAAGCUUACAGCUUGUAACAGGAAAAUUCACCGCGCAGAAUUAAAAUUUAUCAGAUUUACCGCAAAAAAGUCUGCGAAACUAUCUCCAGUCUACAGAAUCUUCAUUGUUUGGUUCAGAUACGUGAAAUGGAAGAAAACUUCCAGGAAAACUCACUUCGAAGACAAUACUUAUAUUCAUCUCGAAGUUCAAGAGAAGAUUCCUAAGUGGUCAAUCCUCGAGCGAAGGCUGAAUCAAAAGCAGCGUACGCUAAUCAUGAUCCAAGCCUAUUUGAAGAAAAAAUUGAAAACAAAAGUUGUAAAAACACUUUACAACCGCUCUAUCGAGAAACACACCGAACAACUUGCGAUUAUGGACGCAGAUGAGUUCCGAAACAACCAAUUAUCUAAGAUUUGCUGCAGAGCUUGGUUGAAAUACCUCGAAAUUCAACAGAGACAGAAGCAAACGAUCAAGGAAUGCAUGUCUGGAUGGUAUGAAGCAGCGUACAAUGACGCGAGGAAGAAGAUUCAGAUCAAUUUCUUCAAAAAAAGAGAAAUUGAAUUCUUUCUCCACAAAAUUCUCACGAAAUGGAACAGAAUGUCGACUUUGUACAAAAUAGAAUCUGUAUACAGAUGCCUGGGAGUACAAAGAGAUCCUUCUUUAGGUCAUUUGUUCUGUUUUUGCUUUUUCAAUUUUGAAGUUGCGUUUCAGAUCAUGUGUUGGCGAUCAUGGCUCAAGUAUAUCAGGCGCAGACGUGCAUGGAAGAGAUUCUGCCAAUCAGUUCAGGAUACAGACCAACAAAACGAAAAAUCCCAAAUUAUUAUGUCCGAACUCAAGAGAAUUGCGCGCGCUCAUGCUGCAGGAUUGAGCACAACCAACCAUGAAUUGCUUCCAAGAGGUCUAGGAAUCUCUCCGGAGCUUCAGCUUCUGAAUAUUAAUCAGAUCAACUCGGAUAUCGAAGAAGAAAGACUUUCUCAGACAUUUAUACCAUACGACAAGAAUGUUGAGAAGACUGGUGACGCUCUUGUUCGCUCAUUGUUAGUUGUUAUUUCAAACAAACAGAAUCUUGACGUUUUCAAGAAGAAAGUCAACACAGUUGAUCAUUUCGAGAGAUUCAGGACAUUACAAGACCUCCAGGAGCAGAUUCUUGUCAAUUCAAAGAUAUUUCACGACAAUAUCAGAAUUAAACUGUUCAAAGACAAGUCAAUCAUAGCUUCCAUCAAUGCCCACAAGGAAUCACUCAAGUAUUCCCAGGAAUUCGACUUCCUUACCGCUAAAAGCGAGCCGUUGACCACAGAACCGUUUCCGGUUUUUGAUGUAAACGAUGGAAAAAUUUUCGUUUUUUGGGAAUACGAAAUUUCGAUCAAAAACAUCAUCAGACAGCACCAAAUGGCUCCUCCGAGGUUGCUGAACUCAUUUGGAAACGAGAUGAAAGCAGCCUUUCGUGCUUUCGACCGCAGACUUCGUUCACCUUACGAAAUCAAAUUACAACAGAAGAAAAGUGAUAAUUUAACGAACAUUUUCAGCGGAUUUGCUAAGAAUAUGACUGAUACAGCCAAGCUUAUCAACAAUAUAAAGACGAAUUCCCAUCAAAAUCCGUAA